UGUGGUGUGGUGUGGUAUGGUGUGGUGCGGUGUGGUGUGGUAUGGUGCGGUGUGGUGAGGUGUGGUGUGGUGUGGUGAGGUGCGGUGCGGUGCGGUGCGGUGGUCGAAUGAACUCGGUGUGGUGGACGAGACGAAGCGUCGACCGAUCCACCUGCACGGGUGGACGAAUCGGCGAGUGAGUUUCUCUGGAUCAGUGACCUUGAUAGGAGAGCGAUAAGAGGGCGGCGAUUGACCGACGGAGGCAAACAGAAGUGGCUCUUCUGAAGAUGCCAGGACCACUACCACCUCAACACAGGAGCAUCAGGGUUCUGUCACGUGGCCCCUACCACGAUACCAGCGGGUUGCACCUUUAGGUUUUAGGCACCGAGCGAGCGGUUGCCAAUAGCCGCCCGCAUCUCCGACGCGGAUCCGAUCGGAGAAGUCUCGUGUAAGCGGGAGGAACAACACGACCUCUACCACAACAACAACAACCAGCAGCAGCAGCAGCAGGAGAAGAAGAAAACGCAGCGAGCGGCAGCAUGCCACGUGGCAGCAAGGGACUGGAGUUGUCACGCCUGGUGAGAGAUGCCCCGGCAGGCAACGCCAAUAGCAGCAGCGGCAACAGCAGCUACUCGGCCCCAAGCUCCCCGUGGCUGUCGGGGCAACUGCCCAACAUUCCCACGCCGCCGCCGCCGAUGCCGCCGAGACCCGCCACGGCGCGGCUGCCUCCUCCGCCGCCGCAGCGCCGGUCACGCGGCGCUCACGACCGCAACGGAAUCGCCAACGCCGCCUUCACGGCCGACGAGUGGUCGCACAGGAUAGGCGCGGCGGGGCAACCUCGGCCCUCGGUGCGCGUCCGCGACGUGGACUGCGAUGAUGGAGAGGGGCCACCGGGCCCUGCUUCCCGGACCGGCGCGGCAAUCAAGCUGCCCCCGCUGCCCUCUCCACAGCCCAGCACGAGUCAGCCGUCGCAGACUCUCGCCGUGCCCUCAUCCAGACGCAAGUUCUCGAGUCCUACGAGCAGUGUGGACGAUGCGUCGCAGCAGACGGGGGAUGAGCAGGUGGACGCCCAGGGCUGCACCUUCCGAAGCCUCUCGCGCGCCGACUCGCUGUCGAGCCAGUGCAGCGUGUCGGUGACGGAGCGGCUGCACGAGCUCUCGCGACAGUUCCGCACUCGCACCGAGCAGGUCAAAGAGAAGAUCAUCGACCCCGACGAGUCGCUCUCCGACGACAGCCUCCCGCCCUCACCGGUCAAGGCCGCCCCUACGCCAACCCCGGCGGAGGUUGGCCCCAAGGUCGAGGCGGCGGUGGCGGCGGCCGGGCUUGAUGAGGUGGAGGAGCCGUGCACCAUGCUCUGCUGCAGCCUCAAGCGGAGGCCCUGGAUGCGCCGCUUGCGCAUCCCCAAGAGCAUCGACCCCUACACAGACCAUUUCUACGUGCUCUGGCUGCUGCUGGUGGCGCUGGCGUUCCACUGGAACUGCUGGCUGAUCCCCGUGCGCUGCACCUUCCCCUACGUCACGGCCGACAACCUCGCCACGUGGCUUGUCACCGACUACGCGUGCGACGUCAUCUACAUCGUCGACAUGGCCUUUUUCCAGACGCGCCUGCAGUUCAUCAGCAAAGGCGACAUCAUCACCGACCCGAAAGAGAUGAGAAACAACUACGUGAAGUCUCAGAAGUUCAAGAUGGACAUGCUAUCGCUGCUGCCGUUGGACCUGCUGUACUUGCAAUUCGGCUUCAAUCCGCUCUUCCGUCUGCCACGCUGCUUGAGGUACAAGACGUUUUUUGAGUUCAACGACAGACUGGAAGCCAUCCUCACGAAAGCGUUCAUCUACCGAGUGAUCCGCACCACCGGCUACCUGCUCUACAGCCUCCACCUCAACGCGUGCCUCUACUACUGGGCCUCCGACUACGAGGGGAUCGGCUCCACCAAGUGGGUCUACAACGGCCUCGGCAACCAUUACAUCCGCUGCUACUUCUGGGCCAUCAAGACGCUGAUCACGAUCGGCGGUCUGCCCGACCCGGAGAACCUCUUCGAAAUCGCCUUCCAGGGGUGCAACUAUUUCACGGGCGUGUUCGCCUUCUCGGUGCUCAUCGGUCAGAUGCGCGACGUGAUCGGAGCGGCCACGGCGUCGAAGACGCGGUACCGCGACUGCGUGGACAGCACAGUGGCAUACAUGAACGCCAAUCGCAUCCCCAAGUACGUGCAGAACCGCGUGCGCACCUGGUACCAGUACACGUGGCAAGCCCUCGGCAUGCUGGACGAGUCGGAGCUGCUCGAUCAGAUGCCGGCGAAAAUGAGGCUCGACAUCGCCGUGGACGUCAACUACCAAAUCAUCACCAACGUGCAGCUCUUCAAGGGUUGCGACAAGCAGCUGCUACAGGACAUGCUGGUGCGGCUCAGGUCUGUGGUCUACCUGCCCGGGGAUUACGUCUGCAAGAAGGGAGAGAUCGGGAAGGAGAUGUACAUCAUCAAGUCCGGAGAGGUGCAGGUGUUGGGCGGACCGAACGGCAUGACGGUGUUCGUGACGCUGAAGGCCGGCGCCGUCUUCGGGGAGAUCAGCCUGCUGUCGGUGGGCGGCGGCAACCGUCGCACCGCAAACGUGGUGGCGCACGGCUUUGCCAACCUCUUCAUCCUCAACAAGGCAGACCUCAACGAGAUCCUGGUGCACUACCCCGAGUCCCAGCGCCUCCUCCGCAAGAAGGCCAAGAAGCUGAUGACGAGCAACAAGGAGAAGAAGGGGCCGCCUGUGAGGAAGCCGCACACGAGGCCCAUUCUGCAGGCCAAGCAGGAGACGCCCAAGAUCAUCCGCACCAUCCUGUUGGCCGCGAGGAAGUCCGGCCUCAGGGGCACCUUCGAAAGGCUGCGCAGCCACGUGAACAAGCCCAGCACGCAGGCCCCCACCCUACCGCCGUCCCUGCUCCCAACCCCGGUCGCGUCUCCUGCCCCGUCCCGGGCCCCCUCCCCCCCGGACUCCCCGCCUCCCGACGCGAGCCCCCGCGAGCCACCGCUCGCUGGCCGCUCUGCGGAGGAGGAUGUGGACGAGGAGCUGUCGGAGUGGUCGGAUAAUUCCACGUCGAGGCCGGUGGUGCACAGGCCCGCGGAGGAGGACGCCCCGACGAAGGACGGCACUGGCCCUGGUGGCCACGGUGGGAGAGGUUAAGCGCUGCCGUGUGGAGGCUGUGGUGCUGGAACUGUCCGGGGCUGGGCUCCGGAAAAUGAUAUUGUCGUCCGGCGAAGAGGAAUGAAGCCCGGAAUCGCCACCAUCAUCUUCAUCAUUGUCAUUAUCACAACCUCAGAAUUAUCGUCAUCAUAACCACCGCCACCACCGCCACCACCAUCAUCUUCAUCAUCACCACCACCACCGUCAUUUUCACAUUUUUACCACCACCAUCAUUAUCAUCAUCACCACCACCAUCAUCAUAUGUGUGCGGGAACGAUGGCCACCUGGUUGAGAUGAGUGAUGCAACUCUAUUCCGGCUCAACUGGGACCCCUCUUCCGAUCCAUACAUCUCUAUGCAUCGCCUAAAACUCUAUUCAUAACAAUGACCAUAUCCCGAGCCCCAUCACUAACCCUAUCACAACCCCUAAUGCUAUACCAACCCAUAACCAUAACAUUAACCUUAUCUCUAACAUUAACCAUAUCCCUACAUUAAACACUAUCCCUACCCCUAACACUAUCCCUACACCUAAUAUUAUUCCUACCCAUAAAACUAGCCCUAUCCUAACCCCCUUACGUUACACAUUCCCAUAUUUAACCCUAUCCUUUUCAUUAACCCCGUGCCUAACCUUACCCCCACAUCUAACCAUCGCAAACCCUAUCCCUAACGAUAGCCAUAUUCCGACUCACAACCCUAUCCCUCCCACUUCACGCCUAUCGCGUCACUCACCCCAUAAACCCUGUAGCACAAUCGCAAUGUUGUUCCCAACUAUCUCUCUCGUUUACCCAACGAAGCCUCUGGGUGGCGGAGGGGCUCACGACACAAUAUUUGGCCGGAUAAUCACGUGGGCUAAACCCCAACAACCCCCCCCCCCAAGAUUUGCGAGCCAUCAUACUGCCUGCGGAAACCUGCUGCACGGUAACAUUUGAGGAUGUGGGUCAUGGAGCCUGUAUGCACUGACUGCCUUGCGAAUCAAUCAGAAUAUGAACUUAUUACAGGAGGAAUCCGAUGAGCUAUGAAGUUAUUAUUUCACAGAUGUCCUGUAAUGGGGCACGGGGUCAGAACGUUAUAACAACAACACAAUAGGAUAGGAGUGCAAAGUAUAGGAAAGGCAAACAAAUCCCCUAUGAAAAAAUAUACAAAUACAACUAAACUAUUUUUAUCCUACCAGGUAAAAUCCACUGAGCAAUAAGCUUAUUCUUCUUGGUUCUUUCGGUAAAGUCACGUAGAAGGGAAAUAAUAAAAUAAUAAAAAUUAAACGUAAUAAAAUACAAU